UGCACGUGCGAGGCGGUGGAGGGGACAGAAAGGCUGCUAUUCCUCUUCACAGAGCAAACCUGCAAACAUUUCAAAUAUCAUUUGGUGCAGAAAGGAGGGCUCUCAUAAGUGUGUGUGUGUGUGUGUGUGUGUGUGUGUGUAGCUGGGAGGCGUUGAGGAGUCACAGGGACACAGAAGGGCUGCUCAGUAUAAGGGAGAACUGCAGAUGCUGUUGCUAGGGAACCGCGGAUGGUGGAAAAAGGACUAAUUGUAGGAGCUUCUGAAUGUUGCAGAGACUCAACAGGACAUCCAGAGAAAGUGAAAUGAGCAAACCAUCAGAUGGAUCAAGUAUCUAGGAAUCAGUCUCCCACUUGUGUGUUUUGAGAGCGAGCGAGAGAGAGAGAGGCACGGAUGCAAAGAGGUACAUGAGCUGAAAGGAGAAGAAAAGGGUUUACAGUAGAAUGAUGCCUAACAGAGUGGCUAAGGGAGGAAAUAUUGUCAAAACUGUUAAUAUUGUCAGCUGGGACAAAAAUGAAUUGGCAAUGAAGCAUCGAGGCAGAUAUUGAGGAGAGUGAGUCAAGGAGUGAGGAUGGUGUAAAGGGGCGUGUGGUGUGCUCACAGUGCACAGAAUCUGACAGACCCAGCUCUGUGCUUUGCUCACGCUCUCCCACCCACCACAGCGGGGCAGCGCUUUUGUCUUGCCAGCUCGGGAAAGAAAGGGACCCCUACUCCGUCCUCUCACACCUGCUGUUGCCAUCGCUGCCGCUGCUGACUCUCCCAGGGAGCAAGGAGCGGGGCUGAACCCCCUCGCGUAAGGGAUGCCUUUCCUCCGGACUGAAACGUGAACGUUUUCCGCUGCUCGGCUGAAGCACUGCCAAACACGAGAGCAGGGGGGACGGAAGAGAGGAGAGGAGAAGAGAAGAGAAGAGAAGAGAAGGACGUUGUUGAGAAAUCUCUCCACCAUCACCAGACUCUGGAGGAUGGGCACCACCGAGGCAACUCUGCGAAUGGAGAACAUGGAGGUGAAGGAUGAGUGGCAGGAUGAAGACUUCCCCCGGCCACUUCCAGAGGACGGUGACAUGGAAUCCUCCUGUGGCCUCACUGAUGACAGAACCUCACCCCCCAAUUCUCUAAAUGGGGCUGGUGGGGGUGGGGGGGCAGGCCACCGGAAGAGGCGCACGCUCGUGGCUCCUGAGAUGAACCUGUCCCUCGACCACAGCGAAGGCUCUCUGCUUUCUGACGACUUUCUGGACACGCCCGAUGACCUGGACAUCAACGUGGAUGACAUCGAAACACCCGAUGAAACAGACUCUUUGGAGUUCAUCACCAACGGCAAUGAGCUAGAAUGGGAAGACGAUACCCCGGUUGCAUCUGCCAAGGCUCCGCCAGGAGACCGGGGCGAUGAGGAGGGAGAGGCCGGCGAAGGGACCGGCAGCAGAAUGUGGAGGACAGUGAUCAUUGGGGAGCAGGAGCACCGUAUUGACAUGCAGGUCAUCCGACCAUACCUGCGUGUCAUCACACACGGGGGUUACUAUGGUGAAGGGCUCAACGCUAUAAUUGUGUUUGCAGCCUGCUAUCUUCCUGACAGCAGCUGUGCAGAUUACCACUACAUUAUGGAGAACCUCUUCCUCUACGUUGUCAGCAGCCUGGAGAUGCUCGUGGCAGAGGACUAUAUGAUUGUCUACAUGAAUGGGGCCACACCACGGAGAAGAAUGCCAGGCAUAGGCUGGCUAAAGAAGUGCUAUCAAAUGAUCGACAGGAGGUUACGGAAAAAUCUGAAAGCGCUGAUCAUCGCUCACCCAUCCUGGUUUAUCCGCACCGUGCUGGCCGUCUCCAGGCCCUUCAUCAGUGUGAAAUUUAUGAACAAAAUCCGCUACGUGCACAGCUUGGAGGAGCUGGAGCAGAUAAUUCCCAUGGAGCAUGUACAGGUUCCAGAGUGCGUGCAACAGUUUGAAGAGGAGAGAAUUAAAGCACAGAGGGAAAGGAUGGAGCAGGAGCAGCAAAAGGAGCAGAUGCAGCAGCUCCCACAGGCUGCAGCUAACCCAGAUAGGUCACCUGCAACGACGGAGGAGCAUGGGCUGUGAAACAUGUGAAGCACUGCUUUUCCUGUAAGGAUAAAUUUGGUGUACGAGAAAUAUAUUUAUCCGAGAGGAACGUGAAGAUGAAGAGCUCUGCGAAGAAUUAAACUCCUCCUUCUUAAAAUCCAUGACUGAAGAAUAGUUUUUCCAUCCUUGAGCGUGCCACCAAAGCAGACUCAGACUCUGAACCCCAUAAAGCUUUCAUGUUGUCACUAAAUUCCAGCAUGAACCAUUCUGAUGGAAUCCGCAUGUCAUCUUAUAUACUUUCCUGGAUAUGUGAGCUGUGUGUUCCUCGGGUCUACCCUCAUCCCCCAACAAAAGGACGUAUGUUUCGAAGACUAACGGCAUGCAUUUUUUCUGAGCUCUGACAAAAUCUGUAGCGUAUUGAUCAGAAAUCCAAUCCGGUGAGAAACAUGAUGAAUGAAAAUAAUGUAAUGUGGGGAAAGUUUUGAUACAGUGGAUUUUGAAAAAAAAGGUAUAAACUGGUGAAUUUUAAUUAACAAUGUCCAUUUUUAUUGUACUUGUAUGAACUGGUGGCAGUAAAUACAGAAGGAAAGCGAUGCCGUGCUUAUUUUUUGCACUGCUUAUUAGGCUUUAAUGCAAAGGGUCGUCGACAUCCCCGAGGGCUGCGUCUGCACCGUGCCAGUUUGUAGGAGGGAAAGAAGUGAUCCCUCUCGCUGCUGACAGCCAGGGUAAUGAAGCCAACUCCCCCUUAGGCAGCCCCCUUCCUUCUGCAAAACUCCCAGACACAAUCACCACGUGACAUAGCUCGGAUUCAAACUGCAGCAUGUGCUCAAGCCCCAGCCAAGGACGCUUGGCGUUGGCAAUCUGUUCAGGAGGCCAGCACACUCCCCGGCUCGACAAUAGUCUGAACGUGGACUUCUCUGAUAGAUUCACUUCUGCUUCAGCUCUGUUAAAUGGAAGACGAGCCCCUUCGACCAACAACCUAGAACACCAGCAUACAGUAACAAGGACAAGCGUGUCGGACAAUGACGGGCCGCCGUUGUAACCACCACUUUCACAGUUGCCAUGGUAUCGUUACUGUUGUCAAAGCGCACAAAGCCCCGACAAAGCACAAUGCAGGCCUCAUCCAGAUGGAUCUAUCCUGCUGCGUGAUGAAGACGUUUACGAUCGCGCUUAUGCUGUGCCAUCUCUGCCAACAUGUUGGCCACAUAUGCAUUGUACCUAUUAAGCUGUACGAUAGAGUUGCUCAUUCCCGAGAUGUGCCCCCUGCUCUGUUGAGAUGUGUUUUCACGUACUGGGGAGUAACACUUAAACUGCCCGCAUACAUUUCAAAUGAAGACGAAACAAUGAAAGGCGACCAACGUAUUCUUUGCAACAAAAACAGCAAAGGUGACCUGAAGCCAGAUUAGCCGUAAAUGUGGGAAGCUGCAUCAGUCGAGCAUUCGUUGCAGUCAAGUACACCUGUUUCUAGUUUGUACAGUCAGUUUGGUGAACACUGAUGUACACACACAUCAGAUGCACUGUACAACGUGACGGGUUGGCUCCCGCUGUGGCAGGAGUUACGCCAUCCGGACAUGUCAACAGCAUGUUUUGAAUGCUAAUUAUGAUUCUUGAUUUAUUUAGCUUCUUUUUCCUAUAUAAAACGUCAAUUGAUGCCUUGUUAAACUUGCAGUAGGAAAAAUACAAAGGUAUUUUUUUAUCGUUAUAAUGUCUAUUGUAUGACAAGAUAUUGACUUGCACUAAUAAUUGAAUAAAUUACGUUUCCGUGAGUUUUGGGUAACAGAUUGAAUUACUGACUUUCACGUGAGCUUUAGGUAACAUUCAAAGCCAGCUCAAAGUGAAUUCAUUGUGUUAUUCAUAUUCAUAUUCUCCAGGCAAAUAAUUUUUCCUACAUUAAUGGUUUGACCAAGGUAUCUCAGAACCCCAGAUUAUUAAAUCUGUUGUUUUGCCUACGUCUGAACAUAGCAACAUAGCAGGUGCAAUUUUCUGGCUUUUGGUCAGCACUCUUAUGUUCAAUGGUUUUUGUUUGCUGUUGCAUUGACAUAAGGAAAUGCCAUUUGUGAAGGAUAUAGCCCUUGCGAACUGCCUGCCUUCGUGGUGAAUCUUGCCCAAUGAAUUGCUGGAAGGCCUCCCAGAAGAAUUCACCACCAAACCACCACUGAAUUUAUUCCUUUUAAGGAUUUAAGACUUAGAAGCAACUAUUAUGUAUUUAUUUACUCCAAGCAUUUGCAAAAAAUGAAUUGGUAUCAGAAUCAUUUGUGAGACAUUCAGUCUCACAGAUGUGUAUUUUAAAGUUUCACCUGCUCAAAUGUCCUUUGUAUUCAAAUGUAAAUAAUGUAUGAUGUUAUCAUUAACGUUAAAAUUAAAAUUGGCACAUUAGAUUAAUCUGAGUGAGUUGUUCGGCAGUAAAAUGACAUCAGAAAUGUGUGGUGCAUUUUUGUAAUAUGCUUGUCAAGUGUUGGUGUGUAGCAGUGUCUUCAGAAUAAAUCAGCAAAUACCAAACACA